AUGACUACAAUUCUGAAUCCCAUGAUGGCUGAUCAUGAAUCGAGAUUCGAGCGUCUUGCUAGACAAGUCGAGAGGAUUGCUCGAAUCAUUGAUUAUGAUGAAGGUGAGAGGCAUAAUGCCCGGGGAAAUAAUGAGGGGAUGGAAAAUAUUUUUCAAAAUGAAAAUGAUAUUCCAAAUCGAGAAAAUCCUCCUAUGGUUCUCCGAGGUCAAAAUGCUGAUGAUGUUGUAGCUGGAUUGCGUGGUGAACGCUAUCAGGUCACUAGAAUUGCAGAAGAUGUCUUAAAUCGGGUUGGGCUGAAUGUUGGUUUUAUGAAUCAACCACAUUUUGUGUCUGCUUUUUCCCAAGUGGUUCAAAUGGCUGAAGUUCCAAGAAGGGUAAAAAAUCCGAAAAUAACCACAAAAUUUGCUGGAGAAGUCGGAGAAUCAACUACUGAACAUGUUGCUCGUUAUUUGGUCGAGAUCGGGAAUCUAGCUAAUGAUGAAAAUUUGAAAAUGAAAUUUUUCCCUUCAUCAUUGACGAAGAAUGCAUUUACUUGGUUUUUGAAUCUUAGACCAAAUUCGAUCACAACAUGGAAUCAGUUAAAAACUUCUUUUCACGCUCAGUUUUAUCGAGGGGAAAUGAACGUAGCAGUUACUGAUCUAGUGGCUUUGAAACGUGAAGAUGGUGAGACCAUCGAUGAUUAUUUAACACGUUUCAAAAAUGCUAGAAGUAGAUGCUAUGUGACAUUUCCUAAAAGUGAGAUAGUGAAAAUAGCAACCAUGGGGUUGGGAUUCUAUAUGUGCAGGAAAUUGCGUAAUGUGCAUAUUCCUUAUCUGGCUCAUUUGGCUGAAAAGGUUCGGCAGACCGAGCUUAUGAAAAAGGAGAAAGAAAAAUAUAGAAAUGAGCAGAGGUCAAAGAGUAAACCGUUUACUUGA